CUUCACUCCAAAGACAUUUUCUACCCAAAAAAAACGAUUUUGAGAAAACCAUCUCACUGAUUAGCAAGAUGUCGUCGGCUCGUUCUGCGAUCACAAAGCUAAAGCUGGCUCGAUCCUUUGGGGAGAGGCAGAUUGGUGCAUCGCGUUCGGUGGUAUCGACUCGAGGACCGGCGAUUCGGUACUUCAGUGACGAUAAAGGUCGUGUGCUCAGCGAAGAGGAACGCGCGAAAGAGAGCAUGUAUAUCCAGAAAAUGGAGAGGGAGAGACUGGAGAAGAAGAAGAAACUCGAGCAAGAUAAGCUAGAUGGUGAGAAAGGAAGUGCCAACAAGAAACCUGAGACAAACAAGCCAUGAGUUUAUCACUCACAGUAUACAGAAUCCGGUCAUAAGGCAAGCAGUAGUGAAAAACAAUAAUGCCUUUGACCUAUGUUCUCUCUUGGUAUGAGAGAUCUUGUACUUGUACAGAGAUCUUUAACCUUCUGAUGUGUGUGUUUGUGUGUUGUAAGAAAUCAAGUUUAAAAUAAUCGAGAAAAACAACCAUAUGCAUUGAUUCAAAAUACCAAAAUGGUUACCAAACAUAUUUGUGUUUACAAAAAGCUUCCCUAUACAUUA